AUGCGCGCAGAGACGACACAAAUGGAGGAAAAGGCGAAAGAGAGCGAAGCGAAGGAAAGUCGCGGACAAAACGCGCUCCAAAGACGCGCCCAACAGCUCAAGCGGUGGCACGAGUGGACGCGGGAGGCCGACAAAGAGAGGGCGCCCGACGCCGCGCGCGUCCACUUCUCGGCGCAAACCCUCUUCCUCUCCGCUGUCGCCCAAAACGACGUCCAGGAAUGCGAGCGUCUGUUGCGCUGCAACCGCGCGCUGGACGUGAACGCGACGACAGGCGACGGACUGACGGCUUUGCAUCAGAUGGCGAUCGACGACAACCUCGUCAUGUGUUCGUGGCUUCUGGACAACGGCGCGGACGUCAACUGCCGCGACAACGAGGGCUGGACGCCGCUGCACGCGAGCGCCAGUUGCGGCCACUCGGCGGUCGUGAACGCGCUGUUGAGCCGCGAAGACGUCGACGUGUUUGCCAUCAAUUGCGACGGAGAGCUCGCGCGCGACGUCUGCGACGGCGACACGUGUUUGGAAGCGAUCGAAGAGCGGAUGCUUAAGGAUAUGAAGACGACGUCAGUGACGACCACAGCGACGACCGCUGACGACACGACUGACGACACUUCGGCGUUGAUUCCGGAGUCGUUGUUACGGGAAUUGCGAGCGAAAGAACUGAAGCAAAUAGAAACGGAUUUCUCGCAGUUUUUGGCCGAAAACUCGUUUCCGACGGAAGAAGAGAUCCGACAAUAUGUGGAGCGAACGCGCGACAAGACGUCCGGAGCGACGGUUCUGCACGUGUGCGCCGCCAAAGGAUAUAACGAUUGUUUGCAACGGAUUUUGGAAACGAUUUCUAGUUUCGAUUCGAUUAUCGAUUCGUUCGUCGAUUUCGACGGAUUCACAGCUCUUCACGCGUCGGCCUUUUGGCAACAAAACACUGCUCUCGAGGUUUUGCUGAAAUUCGGCGCCAACUUCGAGCUCAAGACAACGGACGCGCGCGAAGUCAUGGAUUUGUGUCACGAGAAUCCAAAAGUCGCCGAAUUGUUGUCCGAAACGCGGAAAUCGCGUUCAGAAAAGCCGUUAAAAGGUUCGGAAACUCAGCGCAAAGUGAACGCAAAACGACAGCGCGAGACACGACGGCCGACGCAAGGCGUCUCCAAAGAGGACAUCGAAAUGGCGCUGAAGACGACACCAAACGGUUUGUCGUCGCGACUGUCGUCUCGUGUCGUCUCAUUGUUCUCUUUCACAGCUCUGAACGACGACAGCCCUCACAUGACUCCGCCCCUGACUCCGCCCCCAGCAGUGCCUUCAUCUCCGCCCACUUCGCCGCCGGUCACCGAAAACGGCGGUCCGCCUGCAGUGCACGCGCGAAGGCGUCCGAAACGGCGUUCGACUGGCAUUGAAGACAAUCUGGAACUGAACGACUUUCUGGUGGCGCCCUCUCGUGCCGACAGCGACUCUUCCGACACUUUUAGAUAUGUCUUCUUUUGGUUCGUGGAAGAGAUCGUCUCUCAAUCCUCGGACGUCGUCUCAGACGACAAGCCGUUCGACACUCCCGUCGUUGUCGUCGUCGUCGUUGUCGCGAUCGUUGACUCAGUUGCCGUUCGGGUCGUCGUCGCAGUUGCCGUUCAUUACGACUGCGCCGUCGUAUCAGACGUCGGGGGCGACACAUCGACGACAACCGCAUCUCAAUCGACGCACAGCACAGCCGUCGCCUCAGAGCCGACUGCGGGCGUCGUCCUCGCAGUCGAAUCUGUCGUCACUUUCUCGAAGACGACUCCGACGACAACAGCGGCGACGUAUGCGACGACACCUCAGACGCGGUCGCGUUCGUCGUCGAGGGGUAGUCUCCCGACGACAGACGACAGCGAGUGUGAAGCGACGCGACCGUCAGUGACGACAGCCGUCGACGACAAGGACUACAAGAAGUUAUACAAAGAGUUGUUGAAAGAGAACGAGUUUUUGGUGAAAAAGUUGAAAGACUUUGAAGCGAAUCGAAGACAAGAGAAAGACUUCCAAGAGUUUCAGAGAGAGAAAAGACAAUUAUUGCGAAGACUUUCGGAACUGGAAGAAGAGUUGCGAACGAAAGAAGAGCUCAUAAAAGAGAAUUCGAGAUUAAAAGACGAAAAUUCGGCGUUAAUUCGAGUCAUUUCGAAAUUGUCGAAAUAAACGCCAUCUCUAGUCGUUAUUUAUUAUUAUUAUUUAUUGUUUUGUGAAAUUAAAUCUCAUUAAAAGUAUUGAUUCAA